UAAAUUUAUUGUUAUGUAAAUGAGAUUUUUGCUUCAAUAUUACGUGUUCUUGUGCGGAUCUAAGAAAAUUUUGGUAAUGUAAACGUCCAGAAGUAUACCCUACGAAUGCUAUAACUUAUCAAACAAAAGGCAAAAUGUUUAUGUGGAAACUAGGUUUGGUUACAGUGGCGUUUGUUUUGGGCCUCGCGAGUGUUGAAUGCGAAAAUUCACGUUCGUAUGUCGACAAAUGCCCAAAGUUUCAGAUAAGAAGAUCGACGAUUAUUAAAACGCAACAGUCCGUACGUAAUGGAGCCGAGUUUUUGGGUAAGAAGAUCAUGUCUUCAGCCCGUGGCUGUCACGAAUUGUGUUGCAAGAAAGAUGGCUGUAAUUUGGUCAUGUUAAAAUACGACACGGAAAGUUUUGAAAAGAAAGUUAGCUGUUUCAUGUUCAACUGUCGAUCACCGUCCGUCUGUAACUUCUAUAAACACUCGUCCUACCAUAGCUACGCUGCUCUUGAAUUCGAAGACAGAAAAUCACAAUGGCAUUCGUCUGAACAUCAAAGCAAGGAUUCAGAAUUCAAAGAGCCCAAUACAUUCACAGAAAUAACCACAGAAGCCCCGGCACCAACUGCAACAAAAACAAGAAAACCAUACAAAAGGGGAACUUGGUUUUAUUCCACCAGCAAACCAAAACACUUGUGGUUGGAUGAGCAAAAAAUCGACAGAUUAUCCACAACACAUCAAUCUGACAGGGAGGGUACUCAUGCCCCGAAUAGUAGUUUUCCUAAAAGUACAGAAGACUACAGCAAGUAUGGAUCCUAUGAUCACUCAAAAGACGUGGAUUCCAAUGAGAAAAAGACCAUGGACAGUCGCAUUCAGACGACAGCAGCUGUAGAUGAAGAUGAGGACUUCCCUCGAAGAGUGUUUGUUGAUAACAAUCCAGAUUUUCCUGAUGAGCCUCAAAGGAAUCCCAAAACAACAACAGCCUCUUCUGGAGGAAAGAUACCAGUAACCAGGCCACGAACCACAAAAGGUUCCUUUUUGAGAACUACAAAAGGCACGGCGAGGAUACCUGCGACCAAGUCUCACGUCAGCAAUGUGGUCAUCAAGCGAUUGAAUAUACAGGAAAACAAAGCUGUUAUCCCAUUGGCUAUUGGUCUUGUGUUGGCAUUACUUUUGCUUUUGGGAAUUAUUUUCCGGUUGAAGACAUCAAGAAGACGGCGUACCAAAGCAUUCCUGACGGAUGAUGCAGAUUACCUAAUAAACGGAAUGUACUUGUAG